GUUAGUUCUAUGACCAAAUCAAAAUACUAAACAUGUCAAGCGCGCUGGGCACAAAAGAUGGCAUACUCAUCCGUAUUAUGGAGGUGUCGGACUAUCAGAACGUCAAGCUAUUUAUGGGCAACAAUUUCUAUAAUGGCGAACCGUUGUGCGCGUCUUCGGGCGAGAAUGUGCAGAGAUGCUAUGAGAAGGAGAACGACGAAUAUCACAUUUCCAUGAUAGAGCAGGGCACCUGCCUCUUGGCUCUGGAUGAAAACAAUGAUGGACGCAUUGUGGGCUUGGUGCUGGCUGGUGCACAGGUCCCCAGCGAUUUGGAUAAGCAUCGCGAAGAGGCCGCCGCCAUGGAGCCAAAUACUUGGGGACGCAUUGCGGUAUUUCUGUCCAAAGUGGAAAUCGAAGUCAAUCUCUUCAAGCGUUACAAUGUCUCCAAGCUACUCUACUCCCACGUAACGAAUGUGGCUGCCUCAAUGCGUGGCAAAGGACUGGGCGCACGUCUGGCUGCCGCGCUCAUGGAAGUGGGUCGCUCCAAGGGCUACCCCCUGAUGGUGGCCUACUGCACCAGCUUUUAUUCGGCACGCCAGAAACAAGCCCUGGGCAUGGAGUGCGUCUACGAGAAGGCCUAUGCGGACUACAAGGAUGACAACGGAAAGGUUGUGUUCAAUCCACCUGCACCACAUACACAUAUACGUAUCAUGGUUAUAAAACUCUGAGCAGUUUAUUCCAUGACUCGAUAUACU